AUGCCAAUGAGGAGGCCGAGCAUUCAGUCAGCGGGUGUUGAAAGCAGGGGUGUCGUGGGCCAAGCUCGGCAUCAUGGAAGCUGGAGCGAUGAGUCGGCAGAAGAAAGAGCCAGACAGUCCAGGUUUGGAGACCAGGCACUGAACCUAGGACACCGAGCGGCCACUUGUGGUGAAGCUUUUGACAGGGUGCUAAGUUAUGCCCACCAGGAAGCGGAUUGCCAACUUGUCGCAUGUUUUAAUAUCGCGCUCCAAGAGGUGCAGAAAAGCCUCGGUCCUGGUGGCCAUCGACACCACAAGCUUGGCCGCCCGUCGUGGUCGAUGAUCGGCCUACAAGUGGGCGCCGCGUUUCUCUCGACACUGUCAGGCUUGCCGUCUGCUGCUGGCGUGAGACAUGCUCAGCCAACGCGGGGAGACUACGGCCGGCUACCAGUCUGGGCUAGUAGAUUGGAGCCUGGUGGUCAUGAGUGGAUGGUGUCUGGCUGGACUUCCCGAGUUGACCGAGGGAGCAGAUUCAACGACAAUGGCGUGAGAAAGGGAGAAGAAGCCCGCGAUCCAGGUGCAAUAUCAGACAGUCACAGGCAAGGCAGGAAGAAAGUAGGCACAGCACCCGAAGGCCGUGGAACUCACGAGGGCGUACAGAGAUUCGGCAAGACCAGUUGUCCUCUGCUGCUACCCUCCGGUCCUCGGUGGGCCCCUGCCAUGACCAAGUGCUGUGUUCGGUGUCGUACCCCUCGGUGCGCAUGCACGAGCCAGAUGGCUGGAGCACGUCCCCUCUCUCCCCCACCCGCACACCCUAGCACGCACCUGCCCAUCGCCAGGGUUCGCGGCUGUCGGUCAAUGGCGCCUGCCCUCCAUUCGUCCCGUCUGGCCUCGGUCGGCCGCCGCUGCGUGCUUGUGGGUGAGGUGAGGUGCAGUAGGGAAGGAAGCAAGGGAAGGUGCGGUGCGAUGCGAGUGCAGGUGCGGGUGCGGGUGCGCAAGUCACUCAAGUCAAGUUCGAGUGUGCAAUAG